AUGCUGCAGAAAAUCACCGCGGUUAUCGACGAGGAAAUGGAGGCUAUCCGCGCCUCACGUAUCGAAAUGCCGCAGAUUUUGUCGUCGACAUUGUGGCACAAGACGGGACGUGUCCGUGCUAUGGGCAGCGAGCUCUUCCGACUGAAGGACCGACGUGGCGCCGAGAUGAUUCUAGCCCCUACUCAUGAGGAAGAGGUCACCAAACUUAUCGGCGCUGAAAUCGACAGCGCCAAGGCCUUGCCUGUGCGUGUAUACCAGAUUGGACGCAAGUUCCGUGAUGAACCACGACCACGAGCUGGUUUGCUGCGUACGAAAGAGUUUCUUAUGAAAGAUAUGUAUUCGUUUGACGCGAGCGUCGACCAGGCAAAGCAAGCAUACGAAGAUACCCGCCAAGCGUACGCACAUAUAUUCAACAGGCUUUUCGAUUGGCAUCAUGUGCCUGCCCUAGUGUCGUCUUGUGCGCCAACCUGGCUCGAGGCGACGGCCGAUACAGGAGCGAUGGGCGGGACCUUCUCGCACGAAUUCCACAUGGAAGAUGAAGCGGGCGAAGAUACACUAUUGCGAUGCCAACACUGUCAUUACACCUCCAACGUAGAGUGUGCGACGUCGCAUAAACCAUCCACGGCGACGUACCGUACCUCUCAAGAUCUUAGCGUCUCGCUUUUCCAGGGUGACAACGGGCUUCAUGCUUUUGUGUACGGGUCUGAUCGGCAGCUCAACCCACUCUCCCUCCCCACAGGGUAUCAGUUGACACCUGUGGCAAACGAUCUAUCCGCACAGCCCAUGGAGAUCUGGGUGGACACGGAUUGCACCUCUGUGGCGUCAGAGGAAAUACGUCACGCUGUCCAGCAGCAUGUGAAUUCAUUUCCUACACCGUUUUAUGUGCCUACAGAUUGUCCCGUGCACACCAAGUCGCUACGCGAAGCCAAAGCGGGCGAUGUAUGUGCGACAUGUGGGCAGGGGACCUUAUCGGAGCGCAAAGCAAUUGAAAUCGGGCAUACGUUCUUGCUUGGUACGCGGUACUCACGCAUUCUGGGCUACGGUGUCGUCCCUCGGAACGCUACGAACGCAUCGCAAACGCGUGAACCUCUGCAGAUGGGGUGCUAUGGUAUUGGUGUCACUCGUAUUCUAGGUGCCAUGGCGCAGCGCGCGAGUCGCGCAUUUACGCAAUUGCAAGCGGCUGCCGCGCCCACUUCUAAGAAAGGCAAGCCGCGUGCAGGUUUUGUCUGGCCACAACACUUGGCACCCUUUUCAGCCCUCAUUCUUCCUGCUACGUCGCAACAUCUUGAGGCCGCAGCACGUCUAUGCCAUGCAUUACACCGCGGUGUCUCAUCGUCAUCCACUGAUGGGACAACGAGCACCUUCCAAGUGCCGCUGACAGACAUGGCCUUGGACGAUCGCAUACAUCAAUCUUUAGGCUCACGCCUCUUUGAUGCUGACCUCUUGGGCUCCCCACUGGUGUUUGAAUAUUUGUCGGCACAGAUGGUUCAUUAG